UCAAAACGGGUUAAAAAGCGUAUUAGUGGGUAUAAGCCGGGUCAACAUGGAGCCUGCGAUAAAACGUCAGUGUGUAGUGAUGCGGUGUUUUCCUUCUUAGAAAUUUUGAUUUUACAAAUGUCACAGUACAAUGACGCGCUCGAAGAUCCAUAUGAUUAAAUUUUUUCUAUUUCUAUUGAUCUUCUUGCUGGCUCAGAGCGCAGAAUGCGAUGGAAAUUUUAGGAUAAACAGGGACGUACCUGAAUCAACGUCAAUAGGGAAAAGUGUUAAUGAUACCGGUAAGAAUGUUAAUACGCACACUCCGUCAAACGGACAAAAAAAAGUGCAACCAAAUGUAGUAUUACCUGUUGGCACAACGACGAUUCCAGAGAAUACUAAAACAUUGAGUGGUAUAACCUCAAAGUCAUCGACAGACAUCAAAACUGUUAAUGCUACAAAACCACGAAAGGAGCAUGAGGAAGUAAGACAUGUCACUACUUUAAAUACUGGAACUCUAAAGCGUGGGCUUUAUGUGUUUGUUGGGCUAAGUGUUAUUGUCAUGGUCUAUAUCAUGUUCCGUAGUCUUAGGUUAAGCAAAACACGUGCCCAAAUGGUCAGAAAGUAUGGCAUUCUUGCAAACAGACAAGAUGUUGAAAUGCGACCACUACCACUCGAUGAGGAGGAUGAUGAGGAUACCACAGUUUUUGAUGCCAGUAAUGUUCUCUCAAAUAACGCUCAGCAUCAGAAUUUAUAA